CGGGGUUGUGGAGUGCAAUUUCUUUUUUUCUCUCACAUUUGUGUCUGCGUCUUGUGUUUCUAGUCGCGAAGAGAAGAUAUCUCUAGAAUACAACUGCUUAGACUUGAAUGAGAAUGCCUUCCCUCGUUGGACGAGAUGUCGGCCAUACAGGCUAUGGGAUGAUGAGAAUGACCUGGACCGCCCAACCACCCCCACCAACGACCUACUUCGCAACCCUGAAUAAGACCCUCGAACUCGGCGCCAACUUCUGGAACGGCGGCGAGCUCUACGGCACGCCCGAGUACAACUCCCUGCACCUCCUCAACAAGUACUUCAGCGCGCACCCGGAGAAGGCCUCGGAGGUGGUUCUCAGCGUCAAGGGCGGCCUGGUGCCGGGACAGCUGCGGCCCGACGGCUCGGAGGCGAAUAUCCGGCGCAGUGUGGAGGAGUGUUUGCGCGUGCUGGACGGGACGAAGAGCAUUGAUAUCUUUGAGUGUGCGAGACAGGAUCCGAAUACGAGUGUUGAGCAGACGGUUACGGUGUUGGCGGCGUUGGUGAGGGAGGGGAAGAUUGGGGGGAUUGGGCUGAGUGAGGUGGAUGCGGAGACGGUGAGGAGAGCGCAUAAGGUCCAUCCGAUUGCGGCAGUCGAAGUCGAGCUGUCCCUGUGGGAUACCACCAUCCUUCAAAACGACGUGGCCAAGGCCUGCGCGGAGCUCGACAUCCCCGUCGUGGCGUACUCGCCGUUGGGCCGGGGGGUGUUGGCCGGCGCCUUUACCAGCCUAUUCGAGAUCCCCGAGGACGAUUUCCGCAGGCACUUGCCCAAGUUCCAGGACAACGCGAUGAAGCAGAACAUCAAGCUGGUCAACGAGGUCAAUGACCUGGCUGCUCGCAAGGGUGUGGCCCCCGUGCAAAUCGCAUUGGCUUGGGUUCUCAGCUUGAGCGGCCGGCCGGGAAUGCCCACCAUCAUCCCGAUUCCGGGCGGCACGACGAUUGACAAGGUUACGCAGAAUAUGCAGGGAGUUCCUCGCCUGUCUGACGCAGAGAUGGCCGAAGUCGACACCAUUCUGAAGCAGAACGAGGUGGUUGGGGGCCGGUAUUGAACAUGAUACGAGAUGUAGGUAGGCAGUUUAGAUUAUGCGGUAUGGAUACCGUGGUAUGUAUAGCACGAAU